UCACCGGACUACAGCAGCAGCAGCAGCAGCGUCGGACGGUCAACACGUAGCUGCGCUUGUAACAGCACACUGUCAGGCGGUUAAACGUCAGAAAACAAGUCGCCACUUCUGUGUUACAUUACGCUGUUUUAUCGUCACGGUUGUUAGCUGUUGUCGGUGCGCAUGGAGUCCGCGUUAAAACAGUCAGCGAUGUGUUUUGCAGAUAAGGGUUCCUCCAGCUAAUGUUAGCUAGCCGCAGCCAGCCACGGAUCGUACGGUGUGGACGGUGAGAGAAGAGGCUCGGUGCUGCUGUUGCCGCCGCUGCUGCUAACGAACGGACACACACAAACACACACACACACCGGUGUUCACCUUCUUAACAAUGGGCCUCAUAUUCGCUAAACUGUGGAGCUUCUUCUGUAACCAAGAGCACAAGGUGAUAAUUGUUGGACUAGACAACGCAGGGAAAACCACUAUACUCUAUCAAUUUCUGAUGAACGAGGUAGUCCAUACAUCUCCCACCAUCGGAAGCAACGUGGAGGAGAUAGUGGUGAAGAACACCCACUUCCUUAUGUGGGACAUUGGAGGGCAGGAGUCGCUCCGGUCUUCCUGGAACACUUACUACUCCAAUACGGAGUUCAUCAUCCUGGUGGUGGACAGCACAGACCGAGAGAGACUGGCCAUCUCUAAAGAGGAGCUCUACAGGAUGUUGGCUCAUGAGGAUCUGCGAAAAGCAGCUGUGCUGAUAUUUGCCAACAAGCAGGAUAUGAAGGACUGUAUGUCUGCUGCAGAGAUCUCCAAAUACCUCACCCUGAGCUCCAUCAAAGACCAUCCGUGGCAUAUACAGUCCUGCUGUGCACUUACAGGAGAGGGUUUAUGUCAAGGUCUUGAAUGGAUGACCUCCAGGGCUGGGCUCAGAUAGCCCCUCCCUCAGCCAUUGAUGGCCUCACUACCUGAACCAGCCACACGGUGGCGACACAGCUGGUUUACUGUUCCUUUUUUAAAUUUUAAUGACGGACUUGGACUUUGACCUCUACAGACGGUACAGUGUGGACGCACUGGCGUGCCUGGCUGUUACAGUGAAAAUCAAUGAAAAACCAGAACAUGUGAACUGAACUGUUUUGGAGCGAGAAACUGUUUUUUACCAUAAAGGAGCAGAUGAUUAUCUGAGAUGAGAGGAAAUCCAAGUGCAAGGCACGGCUGCGCUGGAUUUGGACCAUUUCCACUUCGUAUAUUACAUCAUUUCAGAGUCGGCCAAGACAUCAUGGUGAUUUCCAGUUUGGAUAAUAUGAUGCAGCUGUAUUUUUAACACUACUUUUUAACUUUUUUUUUCAUUUUUUUUGUUGCUUCUCUGAGUUUGUUCAUGUUCAGGUCAAAUAUAACAAGACAAACGAGGGGAUUCGUUGUCAGCAGUAUUGUAAAAACGAGUCUUGAUGGUGAGGGUGGCACCAGGUUUUUGCACAAAGCUCAUCAGGAGUUUUACUCAAUUAUGUUUUCACAAUCUGUUACAUUUCUUUUGAGUUUCAUAAGCUACACCUUCUGUGGUUAUUCUCACUCUAGUUCUCGCGGUUGUUGUGGUGGAGUUAAAACUCCCUCUUUUUUAAUUCUGAGCCUGUACUUGUAUGUUACAAGCCAAAUUAUCUCAAUUCAAAAAGUGUUGGCAUGCGACGUUUCUCCAUUUUAAUAUAAUCCAAGGAACAAAGAGAAAUGAUUUUAGCUAUUUAUUUAAUUUAGCAAAUGGCUAAAAAAAAAAAGCAUGAAAUGGCAGUCGUGUCAUUUCAGGGGCAAGUACCAUGUUCUGUUUUUAAUAACAGUAUUUUAAAUUUAAACACUGUCAAUGUCAGUGAUGCAUUAUAAUUUUUUAAAGGUUUUAUUCUGUAAUUUUUCCCUUUUAUUAAUUGCUCUGUUGCGUUGCUUAUUGCGAGUGCGUAUCUAGGCCUGUUUUGUAUUAACACAUGGUCGUUGGUGCUCCACUAGUAUGUGUAUGUGUGAGUGAGUGUAACCAAUCCACCGCAUCCUGUUGUAAACAUUUUUACUACAUUUCUGCUGCGAACUUGGCAUGUAUGCAUCUUAAAAUGUUUAUUAUUUCCAAACAAAAGGAUCAGAAUAAGCUGCCAUGAAGUAGGUGCCACACAUUUGUCGGAGGAUGUUUCUCAUAAUGAACCACGCGUUAUACUCGAUCCUCAGCCUUAACUAAGCUGUUACUUAGUGUCUGGAGGACCAUGUGUGUAGAUCUGACGGCCUGCUCAUAAUGUCUUGCCCUUUGAUGCGGCGUAAGAAUUCCUUGAACUUGCCAACAGAUCUGGAUGCGACAUUUUGAAACCAAAGGUUCAAAGUGUCGGAGACAGGAGGUGCAUAUGUUUCAUGACAUCUAAACCAAAACGGUGAUGAGCCUGUGAGGAUGUUGGUCUGGAAAGGCCACUGAUUCUAUAGAAUUUAUUAUCUAUUGUAGUGAGACAAAGUAUUUUUUCACCCGUGCAGCCCCCAGACUCUUCGCGGCAUAAAGGUUUACAGUACAUUUACCGUGAUCUCACAAAGCAUAGAAUUGUGAUCUACUGUCAGCGUGGUGGUUUAUUCUAGUCUGGGUCAUGUACUGUAUGUUUUUAAUAAAAAAGUUUGUCUUGA